AUGGCCUUCUCAAAACCCAAUCAGCCGUCAGCUUCCCCCGGCUCCAAGACGAGUUCGGGAGAAUCCGCGUCUGACCUUGAAAGCAGAAGAUCAAUCGGCCGCAAAGGGGUCGAUGGUGUCAAAGUCGACCCUAUGACAGCCUCUCCGGAUCAACGACCUUCACGAAAGUUCAUGAAUUUCCGAUCACCAAAGCCCUUUUUCUUCAAGGCACGCGACGUCCUAGUCAAGUACUGCGGAUUCAUUGGGCCUGGCUUCCUCAUCGCCGUGGCCUAUAUCGACCCAGGCAAUUAUGCCACUGACGUCGAAGCUGGUGCCGCCAUACGCUAUAAGCACCUAUUUAUGAUCUUGUUGUCCAACUUGUUUGCUAUUUCUUGCAGUCCUUGUGCAUCAAAUUGGGUACCGUUACGGGGUUGA